AUUUAAGAAUUAAGAAUCAAUUGGUUUUACUAUUUAAAUUGAAAUGUGAGUACGGUCUCAUCCAACAGACAUAUGCCCGUGUAUCGGCAUUGCAUCUCCACUGCAUGACACGAUUCGAUCAGAUGGGGUGGGGUGGGAUGGCCAGAGUCAGACCAGACCAGAUCUAAUAUCCAGCCAGCCCAGCCCAGCCAUCAUAGAUGAGAGAUGAGAUGACGCACACUCACAGCACAAGCACAUGACUCCUGACUCCCUGCCCCCUCCACCUUCUUCUCCUCCUCCACCUUCUCACCAUCAGAUCGAUCCCCUUCCCGCUCCUGCUGCUCUUCUCCGCCUCCCUCUCCCUCCGAGACAUCAUGAGUCGCACCUUCAGGGAUCAACAACCUUCUCUCGUCGGCGCCGCUGCCCACCGCCGACGCCUCAGCCUCAGCCUCAAUGCUCUUCCCAACUCCCCCGCCGAUGACAAUCUAGAUCUCUUCUCCAAAACCCGCCGCCAUUCCUCUCAUGACUCCGACGCAUCGGUGAACAUGGGAAGGCUCUCAAUGGGAUCGCUUAAAUCGGGGAAGACUGGAUUGGAUGAUUUAUUGUCAUCCGCGGAGGGAGGAAAAAACGACUACGAUUGGCUUCUUACACCUCCUGGAACUCCUUUGGCACCCUCUUCAGAUGGUAUUGAUUCUCAAACCAGUCAUAUGGCUUCAAGAAGGGGUUCAUUGGCCAGGUCAAUAUCGACUACUAAAGCUUCGCGGUUAUCGGUGACUCCUUCAGAGAAAAACCAUGCUGCAAAACCUAUGCGGAGCAGUUCUGUUACUCGAUCAUCUGUUUCUGGUGCCCAGUAUACUACCUAUUCCAAUAAAUCAACCUCUAUUCUUAACACAAGUUCUGCUUCUGUUUCAUCCUAUAUUCGGUCAUCCACCCCUACAAAUCGCUCUUCAGCAAUUACAAAAUCUUCAACCACUACAUCCCAUUCAACAGUAUCCAGAUCUACAACUCCAUCGAAACCCCGACCUAGUCUCAGCAUGCCUUCCGUAGACAAACCUAGACAAUCCCAAAACUCAAGACCCUCUACUCCUACGUCUAGAUCACAAAUGUCUGCCUGCUUGAACCCUCCUUCCCCUCGAACUACAUCAAGACCAUCCACACCUGUACGUCGAAAUCCCACGCCAUCUUUAUCUCCUGCAUCUGGUCCCUCAAUCCCAGGUGCACGCGUUCUUACUAACGGACGCAGUCUUGCUUCAGUUUCUCGGCCAAGCUCACCUGGACCGCGAGUCCGGACACUGCCACAGCCAGUACCGCUUCCUGAUUUUCCUCUUGAAACGCCACCAAACCUUCGAACCACCUUACCAGAUCGACCCCUAUCUGCUGGUAGGUCCCGACCUGGUGUGGCACAUACAGCAAAAGGGAAUGUAGAAACAGCAUCAAAUAUUUCUACUGUUCUUAAAAGAUCAUCAUCACCAGUAAUCGCCAGGGGUAGACUUUCAGAACACAAUGGAAGGCGAAUACUGACCAAUGGGCAAUUAAGUGAUAACAUGGAUUCUCGAAGAGAAAUGCGGAAACCUGUAAAGGCAUCUACAGAUAACACAGGAUUUGGCCGAACAAUUUCAAAGAAAUCCCUUGACAUGGCUAUAAGGCAUAUGGAUAUAAGAAACGGAAGUAAUGCGUUUCGCCCUCUGACUGGCUCAAAUCUUUUCCCUCAGAGCAUUCGACCCAGCAACCAGAGAAUUCAGGCAGGCGCUCGAAGUACCUGUAAUGUCGGCGCUGCACCUGCAGUUGAGAAUGGGCAUCGAGUUUCUGGAAGUGACAGCGAGGAGGACAGGCGUCAGUCUUCAGCUAGAUUGAACAACAACAUUGAUAUCUAUGAGAGUACCCGCUACGACAUGAUUCUAUUGAAAGAGGACCUGAAGAACACGAAUUGGCUUCACAGUGUUGAUGACAAGUCUGACCAGGGAUCCAUCUUUGAUAAUGGAUUUGAGACUCUCCCAGAACCAUUUGCUCCUUUAUGAGCAAGCCUCAUAGAGUAGAGGAGUUGAGAUUAUUGCAUUGGAUGGGUCAUAUUCUUCUG